AUGAAGCCCUGCGCGCGCCUGUCCGGCCUGUGUGGCUUCGCCGCACUCGUCGCCAUCAGCUUCCUCGCGACCCACGACAGCGCCGCUGUUGACCUGUGUGCUUUCGUGGAUUGUGGCGAAGCCACCUGCGCUGUUGAUGUAGACAUUGGCAUACCCCUGUGCGUGUGCAAGGACGGUUUUGGGAGUGCUGGAGUGUGGGUGAGUGCUGGAGUGUGGGUGAGUGCUGGUGUGUGGGUGAGUGCUGGUGUGUGGGCUCACUGCGUUACUCUCACUCAUACCGAAUCCGAGUGCGAUUGCAACAAGCAAGAAUUUUACUUCAACGAGCCUGACAAGACGUGCUUUGCCCCGUUGGUGCGGACGACUGUGGCAGUGCAGGCAAGUGGCAACACCUUCGCGGGCGAAAGGGACGCAACCUUCCUGACGGAGGUGCCGGCAGAGCAGGCCAGUGGCAGCAGUGCGUGCGGCAACCUGCACACGGUGCUCAACGGCACCACCAGCAUCACCGUCGUGUGGAACACCAAGCGCUCCGCUCCUGGCAGCCUCGCGCUUGGCAACGCCAUGUGCAAGAGCCUGUCGUUCUACGCUGACUGGGACUGCAAGGAGAAGCUGGAUUUCACCAUUGCUCGUCCCGUGAAGAAGGGCAGUUCCUACCCCGUCACGAUAAGGACUGUCAAUGGAAUCGCUUCGCUGAUAUCAGUUGGCUGCGAGAUCAAACAGCCAUGUGUGACAAUGAUUGUGGAGAAGGGCAAGCCGCAGUGCCAGUGCCCCGAGGGCCUCGUGUUUAACGCAGCUAAGAAUCUCUGCCGGGUUGCUCCUCCUCGGGCUGGUGGACAAGCGAAGAUGGGCGACCCUAGUUGGAUGGUCAGAGGGCAAGGAGGCGCAAGCUGGCAGCACCGGAGGGAUUCCGUAUAA